AUAACCUCGACCGCAUCCUUUUCCCAAACCCAGCCCCUACUCUGAGCUUCUUGCUGCCGAUUGGCUUCGAACUCGACUGGCGGAAUUCCAAGUACAUUUGUGGUCUGAAAACCAAUAUCAAGCCAGCACUUUGUCAGAAGCGAAGCCAGAAAACACGCGCAAUUGAUAUCCCAUCCAACAAAUCCAUCCGGGCUUAGUCCCAUCUUCCUCCACUCUUAGCGAAACCGAUGUCAUUUAUGAACAGAACUCUAGCUUUUCACUGCCAUCCAGUUGAUUACUCGCGGAAGUUCUGCCAGCCACGGUAACACAAAUCGGGCGGCGGUUAAUUUUCAUCAAUGCCUCGUCUUCAUUCAGAGCCAGAGAUACCGCCGAGUUUCAAGGCGAAAAAAGCCAAGAUUCUCUCGUUGCUGGGACAGUCAGAUGAGGCAUAUACAGACAAAUCUCCAAAAGGCACGGUCGACGCCCAGAUCCGCGAGCUCAUUGCUGAAAUCAACGCAUAUGACGGACUAGUGACGACCAGCAGUUGUGCAGGCAGAGUAGCUGUCUUUGUCGAAGGGCCGAAAAGGAAACCCAAGCCCGAGCCUGAGAUAUUGGAAGUCCGGGUUGGCAAUGGAGAGCCAAUAAAUGGUGCAAAGGGGCAUGCAGACGAUGGCGUAUCAACGGGAAGAUCAACCGGGACCACGACUGCAUCUCCAGGCGGAAAAGGCGGUGGCCGCUGGCUCUAUGUCUCACAUGAUCCUAUUCCUACGCCAAAGUCCAAUCUGAAGGCUUCAGAACAACCGGCAGCGAAUCCAACUAGCACUGAGGCGGUCCAUUCAGAACCUCUGGUUCAACACGACGCUGAAUAUUUUACAAGCUUGUUCAAGCUCUCUUCUCCCCAACAGACGGAAUUACCCCAAGCAUCACCAUCAAACAAUAACGUGGCCCCUCUGUUGAAAGGAGUGGGUGCCAGUUCCAAUCCUCGCUUGGUUCAUCUCUCUUUCUCCCCUCUCAUCCUCCAUAUCCUUUGUGCCACAUUACAUCAUGCACGUGUAUUACUGGCGGCCGCGAUCAACGCCGGCUUCAGGGAGAGCGGAGUGCAAAGUCUGCGGGCCAUGGACGAGCCCGAGCACGGGGUGAUGGUCGCUGUGAGGACGGCAGGGCUGGGAUUUGAGACGGUUGUCGGUGUCGUCUCGGGGGACCAGGACACGGCCAACCUGGAGGGAAGAGAAACCGUCCACAAGCUCGUGGAUGAAAAUUACCUUGCGGUUUGUGCCGGUGUGGUAAAUGAGAGGUUUAGAUGGAACGACGAAAGGCGCGAGAGGUUCAGAGCCGAGUUGCGCAAAGCAGUUGUCUCUACAACGGCAGCAGCAUCAUCAGCAGCAGCACCUUGUGGCACUGAGGACACGGCGGCGCCGGCAACGAGGCCCGAGUCCCGCUGGGAGGACAAAGACGAGCGUCGGAGAAGAAAGCGGGAAGAAGGGCUUAAAAGACAGAAAGAGGCGGAGAAGAUGAAGAAUCAGCAGCAGCAGCUCCUGGAAACGAGGACAUCUCUACCGAAUGGUUCAACCGGUCGACACAUCUCACCACCACUUGAAGAUCUCGAUGACGGAUUAUCCACGUUGGGAAUCAAAUGAUUGAGCAGGGCCCGUCAGAGAUCUCACGGCGUCAAUCGACCGUAUCAACAAACACACCUAUUGCACCAUGGUUUGGAGCAUUAAAUCAGGGCAAAUGCCGUCGUGUUCGGAUCGGCACGUCUGCAAGAAAGGAUAAAAAGAGCCAGCCAGAAAGAACCUCUACGUCUCCCGACUCAUUCAGACGGAAGUGUCACUGCAUAUGGCCGCCGGACACCUCUGCCCCAGGCAACAGUUUGCGCACUCAAAUAAAUCAUAUAUUAACUCAAGCAUGUCCAGCUCCGGCUCCGGCUCCAGCUCCAGCUCAAACUUUACGUCCAUGAGCCAUAAACGGCUCUCUCUUGAUCGUCCCACGAAGCAAAACCUCCUCAUGCAUCCUGACGAGUCCAAAAUCCUGCAGGCCCGCGUCCUCAAAGUAUUUCCGCAACUCGUCCUCACUGAACCCGUUGUGUGCAACGGUCCUCAGGGCCGGAAGGGCAUCCGGAUUCUCCAUGGCAUGAGUCACAAAAUCGAUGAUGAGAAAGACCCCGCCUGGCCUCAGUCGCUCGACCAGCCGACGCGUGGCGAGCGGGAUGUCCUGGAAAUGGUGGAAUCCCAACCCCACGACCACGAGAUCGAAGUUGUAGAAUUCCGGCGAAGACAGGUGUGCCGGUGCUGGAUCUGCCGGGUCAAGAAGAUUGCCUACCACGGCGUGAGCGGUGAAGGGGUUACUGUCAGAUCCAGAGGCCUCCGCGGUUUUGUCCUGGUUCCCCUGUUCGCCCGCAGAAGAAGAAGAAGGCCCUCCGAAUCGCGAAUUAUACUCUCGCACCAUAUUCUCACUCAGAUCGAUACCCACGUAUUCCGUGGCGCGGGCGCCCAGAGCGUACGUCACGCUCCCCGGCCCACAUGCAUAAUCGAGCACGCGGACUUUUUUGUUUUUGCCUUGUUCAGCGUCAGCUUUGCGCUCGUUCAUCUUGGUUCUGGUGUGGACUGGUGGAGUGGAGUACCUUGGGUGGCAGCCUCAAACUCAUGCCCCGGAUCGACAAAAUCGACGCCAAUCCAUUCAAUGUGCUGCUGGAUAAAGGCCGUGAUUUUGUUCAGCAUGUCGCGUUGCCAUGGCUCCGCGGUGUACGACGAUGCGGAUUGACUAGAAAGAAUGACAAUUAGUUUGUCCCUUGAGACAGGAAACCCGGGCCGGGAGAAGAAGAAAUGGGGGGGGUGCAAAAAGAGACCGAGAGGAGGAACUUACUUCCAAUGCGCGCGGUUCGCCUCUGUGAAAGCCUGAGCCUGAGCCUGAGCCUGAUUGGUAUCAGGUGGAGGGUGACUUGAUUCCGCCAUCUCAAUGUUCUUAUCCCAAAUCAAAUCGGACCUUUCUUCGAGUUUCUGAUAUCUGCAAAAUCUUUCUUUCGUUUCUGUUGCGUUCGAGUUGAAAACGAAAUAAUGUGCCAAUCACUCACUGUCCCCUGCAGCAGAAAGCGACCGAGGAGGUCGGUGACGAUAAGUCGUCGUUGUGGUCGUGCUGGCUACCGUAGGAAUAUGGAAGAGAAAGUCCCUAAGGUAUAUAUAUGUUACUGGUAAAGCAAUAUUCACACCGGCCGAUCCAUUACAGGAGAUAUUUGAUAUUUCAAUCACCGGAUCAGUCAAUAGAUGGCCAGUCCAGGAAGGAGCUUGCAGCUGAUCAUUGAUGAUUUGCAGGUAUGUAGAUAUGAAAAAAUGCCACAUAUACUACCAUG